CCAGAUUCAACGUCAUGCCGAACAGAGAACACGAAAUGGAAAUGUUGAGGCGACCACUUCGACUCUCUCCAAUCGGGAAAGAGUUGCGGUGGCCGUCGGAACGCGCAGCAAGCUCGAAGCUCAAACGCGUAGAAUAUGCAGCCUGCUUCGCGCUGAUGCUUCGCAACAUUCCCACACGUGGGCGCAUGUUUCACGUGCCUCGCUGCGCGCGCGCAGCGCGCGGCCCGAAAAAUUUUUUGCUGUGUGCGCACAGAAGAUGUCGAUCUGCGCGCGCGCAGCGCGCGCCGCGAGAAAUUUUUGCUAUAUGCCGAUCGCAUUGGCGCGCGCGACUGCUUUUUUAUCUUACUCCCUUGACUCCCUUGAAAACAAAAGUUGCGCUGUACUCCCUUGGCUGGCGCCAGACACUAAUAAACCUAACAUGCAUACAUACAGUUUUGUCUUUCUUGGUUUACGCGCGACACGAUGAUCAGACUCAGAUACCAUGAUCUACGUCAAUCGUAAUCGAAGCCAACGCGGUCCUGGCCUGGAACUGGAUGAAGGCGAAGACAAACAACAAUCGACCUUUGAGUUCUCUUGUCUUCGCAAC